UUUUUCCUGACGACACUUAGUAGAGUCUUCAAAUUCUUCGUGUGGCAAGUGUUGUGCUUCACAAUGUCGUAUUUUAUCACUCUAGGAUUAAUUUUAAUUUCAAUUUGCGUGACUUGGUGCCAAGUGACUCUCCCGAACCAACCCAUCAAAGAUGCCCUCUACCUCCACAAUGCCACUUCCUCGAAUUUGACUCUAAGGGACUGCUCUUUUCGGCCAACUGAUCAAAGACAGCGAUGCCCUGAUCCUGAUGUUAGGUUUAUUUUGUACAGCGGGGGCGAAAGCGAAGUGGUUGAUUACACAAAAAGGGAUUUUUUGAGACAGAGCAAGUGGGAUCAUACCAAAGAGGAUAUGAUUUUGAUCCAUGGGUAUGCUGGGGGUGAUGGUACUUUGCCCAUGGCUGUUCUACGCGAUGCAUACAUCAAUCAUGGUUCUUACAAUGUUUGGGUAGUGGAUUGGGGCAAAUUGGGGCAACCACCAUGCUAUAGGGCUGCAGUUCACAACAUGAAAGCGGUAGCGAGGUGUAUUGGGGACCUUUUGAUGGCCCUGAGGUCUAUGGGAAUGCUAACUGAUAAAAUGACUUGUGUUGGACACUCUUUAGGGGCUCACAUUUGCGGCUUAAUUUCUCGCUAUGUCCUAUUCCGAAUUCACAGAAUUAUAGGUCUAGACCCUGCCAGACCUUUAGUACCAAACUCCUCAAGGCUUGAAAGUGGGAGUGCUGCCGCUGUUCAUGUUCUCCAUACAAAUGCCGGUCAUUAUGGUGAAUCGGGGAAAAGUGGACAUGUUGAUUUCUGUAUUAAUGGUGGCAGAGUUCAGCCCUAUUGCGAAAAUUCUGGAAGUAAUAUCCGUUACUUUUCACCGAAUCUAUUAUUUUCACUUAAAUUAUGGUUUUUAGUCGAUGAGCAAUUGUGUAGCCAUGUCUGGGCUGUGUGCUACUUGGCGGAAAGUAUCCAUAAGGACUUUGUUAAAAGAGCAGAGCCUUGCUCCAGGAGAUGUCCCACAGGGCCAAGACCGGGUCAUCGUAUUGGAAUCCCGAUUGAAAUGGGACAAUUCACGCCUUUAUCGGCAAGUGGUUCUUAUUGUCUUCACGAUAAUUAUCCUCCUUAUUGUCCGACUCAAGCCGGAGGUAUUGGCGAUAAAAGAUGCUGCUUAAAGUCUCCUCAGAUUAAGCCCCCAACAACUGCAGAAGUGGAAGGAAUUCCUCCAUUUGCCAAAAAAACGCCCUAAUUAGGCAUUUAUUGUACCUGUACUUAUUUGAACAAAACUAUAUUUAUUUUAUGAGUGCUUAUUUAUUUGUGUUGUUUGAAUGUAAAAUAAAACUUUGUUUUUAUGA